AGGCACACGAAAGCAACAGCGAGGAGAGAGAGAGGGAAGGGAGGGAGAGAGAAGGGAAAAGGGAGAAGCCAGGGAGUUGUUGGUUUUGGUUCUGGUCGGCGUCGGAGGGGAAGGGGGACGACGGUCGAGCGGCGAGGGAGGAGGAGGGAGAUGGUGGCGAGCUGAGCCGGCGGAUCGCGGCGGCGGUAGGGAUCGGCGGGAGCGGGGGGCGGCACUCGGAUGGUAUUGGGCUUCGCCGGCGCCGGAGGCGGCGAUCGCGGAUGGGCGGCGGCAGCGGUGGUGCGGUCGCGGGGCGGGGGUUGUAGGAGCGGAGGCCGCGGGGGAGUCGGUGUCGGAGUCGGAGCGGGUGCCCGUGCUGGUGGUCUCCGGGCUGGGGGAGGGGAGGGAGCGGCGGGGAGGGAUGAGGCGGGGGAAGGGGGGAAGGAAUGGACUACUGCCGAGCUCGCUGCGGAUCAUAUCGUCCUGCCUCAAGACGGUGUCCUCCAACGCCGGCUCCGUCGCGUCCACCGUGCGCUCGGCGGGGGCCUCCGUCGCCGCCUCCAUCGCCCCCCAGGCCGAGGACGAGAAGGACCAGGUUUUGUGGGCUGGAUUCGAUAAACUAGAGCUUCAUCCAUCAUCAUUCAAGCAUGUUCUGCUCGUUGGAUAUUCAAAUGGGUUUCAAGUGCUUGAUGUUGAGGAUGCUGCAAAUGUUUGUGAAUUGGUUUCAAAACGCGAUGGCCCAGUUACGUUUCUACAAAUGCAACCCACUCCAGUCAGCUCUGAAGGUGCUGAAGGAUUCAGAGCAUCACAUCCCAUGCUUCUGGUUGUUGCUGGUGAUGAGACAAAUGGCCUGGGUGCGGUUCAAGGUGGCCGCUUAAGUGCACUGAUCAGAGACACAAACAGUGAGCCUCAAGCUGGAAAUUGCAUUUCUACUCCCACAGUUGUUCGUUUCUACUCUUUGAGGUCUCACACCUAUGUGCAUGUUCUUCGAUUUCGGUCUGCUGUAUAUUUAGUUCGCUGCAGCCCACGGAUUGUUGCUGUAGCUCUUGCAGCUCAAAUCUACUGCUUUGAUGCUGUUACUCUUGAGAACAAGCUCAGCGUCUUGUCAUAUCCUUUGCAAGGUGCACCAGGGGUAAAUAUUGGGUAUGGCCCGAUGGCUGUUGGCCCGAGAUGGUUAGCAUAUGCCACAAAUUCUCCUUUGUUGUCAAACACAGGCCGUUUAAGUCCACAGAACCUCACACCUUCGCCAGGAGUGAGCCCAUCUACUUCUCCUAGCAGCGGAAGCUUAGUUGCUAGAUAUGCAAUGGAGUCUAGCAAGCAAUUAGCUACCGGUAUUAUUAAUCUUGGUGACAUGGGAUAUAAAACGUUGUCAAAGUAUUGCCAGGAGCUUUUGCCUGAUGGUUCCAACUCCCCUUUGUCAUCAAGCCCAGGAAGGAGAUCUGGUAAAAUUCCUUCCACUGUGCAUCCAGUGGAAGCUGACAAUGCAGGAAUGGUAGUCAUCAAGGAUUUCACUUCCAAAGUUGUUAUCUCGCAGUUUAGGGCUCACACAAGUCCCAUAUCUGCUCUUUGUUUCGACCCUAGUGGAACACUUUUGGUGACAGCCUCCGUUCAUGGCCAUAACAUAAAUGUCUUCAGGAUCAUGCCAACCUGCAUUGCUAAUGGCUCGGGCACAACACGCUAUGAUUGUACUGCAUCUCAUGUUCAUCUUUAUAAACUGUAUCGUGGCAUGACUUCGGCUGUCAUACAAGACAUCUCUUUUAGCCAUUUUAGCCAAUGGAUAUCUAUUGUUUCAUCUCGAGGUACCUGCCAUAUAUUUACAUUGUCCCCUUUUGGUGGUGAUGCCAGUCUGCAGCCACAGAAAUCGCACAGUGAUGGGCCACCUCUUGCCCCAUGCCAGUCAAGGCCAUGGUGGUCAAAGCCGUCCUUUCUUAUGGAUCAACAGCUUCACCAAGUUCCUUCAACUGUAACAAACUCAGUAGUCAGUAGAAUAAAGAAUAGCACUUCUGGUUGGCUAAAUACUGUCAGCAAUGUGGCUGCUUCUGCAAGUGGAAAACUAUCUGUACCAUCUGGUUCUGUUACUGCUGUUUUCCAUAAUUCCAUCUACCAGGGUUCUUUGCCAGUUCCAUCGAAGGCUAAUGCUCUGGAGCAUCUGUUGGUGUAUUCACCAUCAGGUCAUGUUAUUCAACAUGAACUUUUACCUUCGGGUUCUGAGUCCUCUGGUAACAGCCCGAGAGUUGGUUCGGGUCCUAAUUCACAACUCCAAGAUGAUGAGAUGCAUGUUACUGCUGAACCAAUUCAAUGGUGGGAUGUGUGCCGCAGGACAAACUGGCCGGAAAGAGAUGAAAACAUUGCAAACAUUGUAUUAUAUAACCAAAGAAACUGUAUGAUGGCUAUGGAUGCUUCUGACUGUGAAGACAGCGAACACUCGGAUUCCACUCCAUCAAAUGAUGGUAGCUCUGGGAAAGAGAUUACGAGAGUCCGAGAAAGGUCAAGCUGGUAUCUAUCAAAUGCAGAAGUACAAAUAAACUCAUGGAGGAUUCCCAUCUGGCAGAAAUCUAAGAUUUGCUUCUAUGUGAUGGACCAUCCUGCUGCGGAGUCAGGGGAAACAGUUAGCAGUAGCGGUGGAGAAAUUGAGAUUGAGAAGUUACCUCUUCACGAGGUUGAAAUCAGGAGAAGGGAAUUGCUCCCUGUAUUCAAGCAGUUCCACUAUACUGAGCGAAAUUCUAGUGACAGGAAUAUUGCAAAUGGAGGCUUUCAGAAUGGCUUGUCCCACAUUGGUGAUGCACAUUAUAGCUCUGUAAAGGAUAAUGGUGAAUAUGAACCCAAGCCAGUGGCCCCUAUAUCUGGAUUUUACACUGGUAUGAGGAAAACAGCAAACAUGAAUGGUGUAGCUAGUCAACCAUUGUCUGGACCUAGCUCAACUGUUAAUCUGCAGCAAGUGGGGAAGUGCAACUCUAUUGAAUCUCCUGAUGCUGCAAGUUUGUCUGCCCAUCACAAAGCAGAGAACAAGAGCAACGGCUAUGUAUCAAUGCCACCUGAAACUAAUGCAUCUAUCAGACCAUUGAACAGCUAUUCCCUCUUGGAUGGACCUCUUGAUGGAGUGCUGUCUCCUGCAAACAGCGCAUGCAAGCCUGAAACAACUAAUAAUUCUGUGCUCAGCAACGGUGCAAGCACUGAUAUACCAAAUGGGUGUCUCGCCACUGUCAAUUCAGGACAGCAGGAGGCGUCUGAUUCUCACAACUCAGUGGAGUUUACCCAGUAUUUCCAAGAGGGCUAUUGUAAAAUAUCAGAACUCGAUGACUGCCGUGAGUUAACUGAAGCUGUUACUGAUGCUGACAGCAGCAGCAGCCACUGCGAGAGAGAGAAGCCUGAGGAAGAUGGGGAUAAUGAUGACAUGCUUGGAGGAGUUUUUGCCUUCAGUGAAGAAGGUUGAACUUACUAUGCUGCUUUACUUAAGAUAUAAUGAAAAACAGUGCCCACAACAUUCAGUGUGCAAUAUAAUGUAGAGGAUUUGGUGAAAUUUUAGUAGGCUUUCAUGGAAUAAAGGUGCGCACAUAUUCUCAUGGUAAAGUUUGUGCUUGAUGUUCACGUUCCAGAAGUGAAGUUCUUCUCUCCAAUCUGAGGCCAGGAUCCCUCCAGGCAAUUUACUAAUCCGCGGAUUCACGAUUAAGGGAGCUGGAUGUUGUCGAGAAGUUGCCAUUGCCUGCCGCGACGCCGCUCCCUUUGUGUUGAUUUGUACAUAUACUGUAAGACCCAUUUGUUUUGUGCCAUACUUCCGGGACAUUGGGUGGUUCUGAAUCCCCGUACCUUGGCAGCCAUAUUUGUUGACCUCCUCCUGCCAAGGCCUGUGAAUGUUCCAUGUUUAUUUGUACAUACUUUCUGUUUUAUUGGAAAAAAGGAAAAUCUAGCAAAAAUUAAUGUGACAUAACUGUAUAAAGAUUCAGUAAAGGAUUUUCAUUCACGAUGGUGUUUUUA